AUGCAUCACUUGGAAAGAUGUAGGCAGUUAAUAAAUAACACGAUCCUGAAGCAAGCAGUACGUCGGUUAGAACCUGCCAUCUCGAUUGUACACCGUACCGUAACUAGUCAACCGAAUCGUGAGGCAUUUUUACGUGCAAUACAGAAUGCACCCUGUGGAAGAACAUUUUCCCCAACCCAGAAACAAUUACGCCAGUUGCACGCCGAACAACGAGCACUGCUGCGUAUGCUGUGCGAUUCGACCUCAAUACCGGCGUAUGUGUUUUCACGCCAUUUGCACACAACGGUUGGCAAUCGAGACAAACAACAGCCCCAGAAACAGAAACCAACGGAUCGGGACGGUGACCCGAACCGGGGCAACAAAAAGGAUGACGAAGAUGGAGAUAAGGAGAAGAUGAUGUCGGUGGUAACGAAAACGCUCAUCUGGAUGAUUACGAUCUAUCUGCUGGUUGGCUUCCUGUCGAUGGUGUUACCAUCACGCAAUCGGCCCGAAUCGGCCACCCGUUACGUCAGCUGGCACGAGUUCGUCCAUCAUAUGUUAGCGGUGGGCGAGGUGAAGGAGGUGGUGGUGCACCCGGACAUGGAGAUGGUGACGAUCAUACUGCAUGAUGGGGCGAUCGUUAAAGGGCGCCGUGUACAGUCGAACAUCUUCCACAUGGCGGUGGCCGACGUGAACAAGUUCGAGGAGAAGCUGCGAUCGGUCGAACAGCGGCUCGGCGUAACGGAGGGUGUUUCGGUGCAGUUUGAACGCAGCGGCGAUGUGAGUGGGCGGAUUUUGUUCACCCUGUUUGCGACCGGUGUGAUUAUUGCGCUGCUAAGUCGCAUAAGGGGCGGCCGCGGUCCGAUCUCGAUGGACAGCUUCACGCAGAUGGGGCGCGCCAAGUUUACGCUGGUCGAUCCGAUUGAAGGCGGACGGGGCGUAUGGUUCCGAGACGUGGCCGGAUUGCAGGAGGCGAAGCAAGAGGUGAUGGAGUUUGUCGACUAUCUGAAAUCACCCGGGCGCUAUCAAAGGUUGGGUGCGAAGGUGCCAAAGGGGGCCCUACUACUUGGACCACCCGGUUGUGGCAAGACGUUGCUAGCGAAAGCAGUUGCGACGGAGGCACACGUGCCCUUUCUCAGCAUGAACGGAUCCGAGUUUAUCGAGAUGAUCGGUGGACUGGGCGCGGCACGUGUGAGAGAUUUGUUCAAGGAGGCGAAGAAACGUUCACCCUGCAUUAUCUACGUGGACGAGAUCGAUGCAAUCGGGCGGCAGCGUGAGGGAGGAUCGGCUGGCACAGGUGGUAUGAAUUCGGGCGAGUCUGAACAAACCCUCAACCAGUUGCUAGUCGAAAUGGAUGGCAUGGCAAGCAAGGAAGGUGUGCUGAUGCUAGCCAGCACAAACCGGGCCGACAUCCUCGACAAGGCACUGCUCCGUCCGGGUCGCUUCGAUCGGCACAUACUGAUUGAUCUGCCCAACCUAGCCGAACGAAAGGAGAUCUUCGAGAAGCAUCUGUCCGGAAUUGCGCUGGAGCAACCGCCCGCAACCUACUCGAGCCGUUUGGCUACCCUUACGCCCGGGUUUUCCGGAGCAGAUAUCGCAAACGUCUGCAAUGAGGCGGCACUGCACGCUGCCCGUACCAAUCAGAAGAUGGUACGGACGGCAAACCUGGAGUACGCCGUGGAACGGUUGGUCGGUGGUACGGAAAAACGGUCCCACGCGCUGUCACCAACCGAACGGCGGGUGAUUGCUUUCCACGAGUCGGGCCACGCACUCGUCGGGUGGAUGCUACCGAACUCGGACGUGCUGCUCAAGGUGACGAUUGUUCCCCGGACCAGCUUGGCGCUCGGGUUCGCCCAGUACACCCCCAAGGAGCAGAAGCUGUACACACGCGAACAACUGUUCGACAAGAUGUGCAUGGCGCUUGGUGGCCGUGCUGCGGAAAAUCUCACCUUCAACCGUAUCACCACCGGUGCCCAAAACGACCUCGAAAAGGUUACCAAAAUGGCGUACGCACAGAUUAAAUACUUUGGCAUGAACAAAAGCGUGGGCCCAAUUGCGUUCGCCGAGGAGAGCGAUAACGACCCGUAUGCGGAAAAACCUUAUUCGAAGAGCUUGGGCAAUCUGAUCGAUUUUGAGGCUAGGAAGAUGAUUACCGAAGCGUACGAACGCACGGAACAGAUUUUAAGUGACAACUCGGACAAGUUGAACCGGCUGGCAGAGGCACUGCUCGAGAAGGAAACGCUCAACUACGACCAAGUGGUAGAGUUAAUUGGUCCGCCAAGAUAUGAUGAUGCGAAGCGUAAAAUCGAACCAGUCGAUUUCGAGGACAGUCUGAAACGGCUAGCCCAGAACGGAACAGAGGAGAAGUGA